AUGAAUUUUUCAAAAUGUCAUGCCUCAAAAUGUGCAGUUAUCGAAGACAGGAAGAGAUGGCGAGAAGUUGAUGUGCUUCUGCUAACAGACGGCCGUCCACCAGAUGGAAUCCGGCCACCAGGGCAAUUAUGGUUUGCUGCUAACGAAGAUUCACCACUACAUAUUCCCAUGGCAGAUUCUCUGGAAAAUGAACUUGAUGUUUAUGGUGGUUGUGGUUCCUUUUCGUGUCCAAAGGAUUAUGAGACGUCAUCAGAUAGCUGUUUGAAAAUGAUUCGCGAAAAUUAUAAGUUUUAUUUGAGCUUCGAAAAUAGUUUGUGCACUGAAUACAUAACAGAGAAGUUGUAUAAAAAUGCAUUGAAUGUAAUCAAAGUUAUGAAUUUAUCUAUAUGUAUGCAUAAUCAUGUGUGGUUGGAAACUAGAAAACAAUUAUUGUUUUCUGAUCUAAAAGAUCAUGUUUCACAACAAUAA